CUAAGUUGUUUUGUCGGCCUUCAGGUUGAGUUGUCUGAGGCCAAGGUGCAGCUGUCUAGCAAGGACAGAGAUCUCCACGCCAAGGACGUUGAGAUUGCGGAGCUCAAACGUCGCUUGAACGAGCAAAUCGACAGAUGUGAGUCGUUGGAGAUCGACCUGGAGGCCGAGAGGGUUAAGGCUACUACGGCUGAGGAGGCGCGUGCUGUCAGCACUGCCGCGCUUAACGUGGCUCAAACCAACUACUCCGAGGCCCAAGGAAUCGUUGACACGCUUGUCUCGGAGGCUGAAUGGAUGCGCACUCGUGGAGUAGCGCUUGUUGCCAACUCCAUCCUAAAUGCUGGCGAGCUCGAUCGCGCCGUUGCUGCUCUCACGGAUGCGGCGCGUGCGGUGGGUCAUCGAGGAGGUUACUUGGAAUGUGCCAGUCACGUUGAGCAGAUACUAGGGCAAGAAUUUGAUGUAAGCCACUGCUCGGUGACUGAACGUGCUGAUGCUGCGCUUGCACAUGCUGAAAACUCAUAUGACAACCUUACCUUGCCUAUCAUGGAUCUGGUUGUGGAAUCUUUGAAAAAAGACGACUGGUGCCAGCGUCUUAAAGCAGUCCUCGACCCACCAGUUACCGUCGAACUGUCCGAUGAAGAACCAGCUGGUGAUGACGGCGGAGAUGGAGAUGAUGAUGGCGACGAUGACGAUGGUGAGGAUGACGGAGAUGAUGAUGGUGAUCGACGCAAUGAAUAG